UCAUUCCUGCAGUUGACGAAAGCUUCAAUUCUCGAAUAAGUUAUUCAGUUACCCAGCCCCGCUCGUUGGGGGCGUGUCUUGUACCCCGGAAGUGAAUAUUACGUCACAUCCUGCUGCCGCCGUAACGUAGCGAGGUAACGAGAAGCUGCCGUUGAAAUCCGAGGCCGUGGAUUCAUUCAAGACAAGAAUCCAAGUCUCGGGCGAAGCCAGGUAGUAAACUGUCGCUUCCUCUGACGCUUCCUCUGCAGAAUUGGUCUGAUGGAGCACAGGCAGUCAGCGCGGCUCGGUACGGCAAGGCAACAAUGGGACCAGCGUGCAUACAGCACGGAUCGGACUGGAAGUUUGACACGGCAUCAGAAAAAACACACGGGAGAAAAAUCCUUCAAGUGCACAAUGUGUGAGAUGGCGUUUGCACAUUCAUCAACUCUUCAAAGACACCAGAGAAAACACACGGGAGAAAAACCCUUCAAGUGCACUCUGUGUGAGAUGGCGUUUGCACAUUCAUCAACUCUUCAAAGACACCAGAGAAAACACACGGGAGAGAAACCCUUGAAGUGCAGUGUAUGUGGGAAGGCAUUUUCACAGUCACAACAUCUUGCAAAACACCAGAGAACACACACAGGAGAGAAACCCUUCAAGUGCAGUGUGUGUGGGAAGGCAUUUUCACGGUCAUCUGAUCUUACAAAACACCAGAGAACACACACAGGAGAGAAACCCUUCAAGUGCAGUGUGUGUGGGAAGGCAUUUUCACAUUCACACCAUCUUGCACGACACCAGAGAACACACACAGGAGAGAAACCCUUCAAGUGCAGUGUUUGUGGGAAGGCAUUUUCACAGUCAUGGGAUCUUGCAAAACACCAGAGAACACACACAGGAGAGAAACCCUUCAAGUGCAGUGUGUGCGGGAAGGCAUUUUCACAGUCAAACCAUCUUGCAAAACACCAGAGAACACACACAGGAGAGAAACCCUUCAAGUGCAGUGUGUGCGGGAAGGCAUUUUCACAGUCAAACCAUCUUGCAAAACACCAGAGAACACACACACGAGUGAAACUUUUCAAAUGCAGUGUGUGUGGAAUGGCGUGUGCAGGUUCAGAAAAUUGUCAAAUACACCAGAGAACACACACAGGAGAGAAAUCCUUCAAGUGCAGUGUGUGUGGGAAGGCAUUUUCACAGUCAUCUGAUCUUGCAAUACACCAGAGAACACACACAGGACAGAAACCCUUGAAGUUCAGUGUGUGUCGGAAGGCAUUUUCACAGUCACAUAAUCUUGCACGACACCAGAGAGCACACACAGGACAGAAACUCUUCAAGUGCAGUGUGUGUGGGAAGGCAUUUUCACAUUCAUCUGAUCUUACAAAACACCAGAGAACACACACAGGAUUGAAACUUUUCAAGUGCACUCUGUGCGGGAAGGCGUUUGCACGGUCACAAGGUCUUCAAGAACACCAGAGAACACAGAAGCAUCAGAAAAACUACAAGGAGUGGAGUCUGAAAUCAGCUUGUGAAAGUCAAAGUGCUCUAAGGAGCCCAUCCCUCAUGAAACAAGUACCGGAAGAAAAUCCCAGCUUGGGCACUUUUAAAGGUAUCAAGGCGAAAUUUGAAGAUGUGAUUGUGAAAUGUGAAGAGGUGGCGGUGAAGAGCGAAGAAGUGAAGGUAAAAUGUGAAGAUGAAGAUUCGACUCCAAAAUGGGACCUUCACAUCGAUGGAGGCAACGUGAAGCAGGAGGGGAAUUCUGACUGUGAGGCAGAGCGAGGCAACUCACAGCAGUUUGUGGAAGUGGAGGUGUGGGUGGACUUCCUAGACAAUAUAAAGUCAAAUGGAGACCCGGUAGCGUCUGCUGACAUCACGCACCCCCCACCCUCCGCGGAGGCCAUGGAUUCUUUAAAGACAAGAAUCCAAGUCUCGGGCGAAGCCAUGAACUGUCGCUUCAAAGACACCAAAGAACACACGGGAGAGAAACCCUUCAAGUGCAGUGUGUGUGGGAAGGCAUUUUCACAGUCAUCUGAUCUUGCAAAACACCAGAGAACACACACAGGAGAGAAACCCUUCAAGUGCAGUGUUUGUGGGAAGGCAUUUUCACAUUCACCUAAUCUUGCAAAACACCAGAGAACACACACACGAGUGAAACUUUUCAAGUGCAGUGUGUGUGGAAUGGCGUUUUCAGGUCCAGAAAAUUGUCAAAUACACCAGAGAACACACACAGGAGAGAAACCCUUCAAGUGCAGUGUGUGUGGGAAGGCAUUUUCACAGUCAUCUGAUCUUGCAAUACACCAGAAAACACACAUAGGAGAGAAAACCUUGAAGUGCAGUGUGUGUCGGAAGGCAUUUUCACUGUCACAUAAUCUUGCACGACACCAGAGAACACACACAGGACAGAAACUCUUCAAGUGCAGUGUGUGUGGGAAGGCAUUUUCACAGUGGGAUCUUGCAAAACACCAUAGAACACACACAAGAGAAAAACCCUUCAAGUGCAGUGUGUGUGGGAAGGCAUUUUCAAAGUCACGUGAUCUUGCAACACACCAUAGAACACACACAGGACAGAAACCCUUCAAGUGCAGUGUGUGUGGGAAGGCAUUUUCACAGUCGCCUAAUCUUGCAAAACACCAGAGAACACAGAAGCAUCAUAAAAUCCACAAGGAGUGGAGUCUGAAAUCAGCUUGUGAAAGUCAAAGUACCGUAAGGAGCCCAUCCCUCAUGAAACAAGUACCGGAAGAAAAUCCCAGCUUGGGCACUUUUAAAGGUAUCAAGGUGGAAUUUGAAGAGGUGAUUGUGAAAUGUGAAGAGGUGAUUGUGAAAUGUGAAGAGGUGACGGUGAAGAAAAAAGAAGUGAAGGUAAAAUGUGAAGAUGAAGAUUCGACUCCAAAAUGGGACCUUCACAUCGAUGGAGGCAACGUGAAGCAGGAGGGGAAUUCUGACUGUGAGGCAGAGCGAGGCAACUCGCAGCAGUUUGUGGAAGUGGAGGUGUGGGUGGACUUCCUAGACAAUACAGAGUCAAAUGGAGAUCCGUUAGAUGUAAACGGCCGCCGGCGCACGUCCUCCAGCGGCCACGUGGUGGUCCAACUUGAAUCGCUGCGGGCCGUUCUGCUGGGUUUUUUCACCCUGGUGGCGCCGGCGACGAGGCCGGAUCGGCCACGCGGCAGGCCUGAAAGCGGUGAGCCUUCGAGUGGGGCUGAGCCGUCCGCCAUUUUGGCCUGGCCCACGCUUCCCGUCCUCUCCGACACGCGGCAGGGCGCCGCCAUCUUGGGUGUGGUCGGGGAGGAACGGCGGGAAGCCACCAUCUUGUCGUCGCCGCGGCGGGAAGCCACCGCCAUCUUCAAUAUUGCGGCGGAGAGGCGGCCGUGCGCUGCCAUCUUGGAGGCGCCGUGUGGUGUGCAGCCUGCUGCUGAGCUGCUGUUUUGCGGGGAGGAGCCGCGAGGAGAGGACGCCGACGCUGCUGCUGCUGGGGCGGGAGCACUCCCGUCCUGGCUCGUGUGCGAGACACCGGAGCAGUCAAGGGAGGACGCCGCACUCAGCGUUCGAGUUCUGCGAGGCGUUUCAAGUUGCCACCCUGCCGUCCUCUGCUCGCUGCAGCCCGGCGAGCUGCGGCUGUGCGUCCUAUCGUUGGGGAUCUCCACGGGGCUUCGGCCUCCAUCUCUCCUCGUCGCCGCCAACGAAGAAGCUCUCGUCAUCCCGAAGGACGAGGUUCGCGGGGUGGUGACGUGCAUCGCCAAGUCAAAGUGCUCGCCUGCCGUUCACGAGUCAACGAGCCUCAACCCCCUUGUCGUGCCGCCACGCCGAGGUGCUCGCCUGCCGCACACGAGUGAACGAGUUCAGCCCCCGACGUGCAUCGCCAAGCCCAAGGUGCUCGCCUGCCGCACACGAGUGAACCUGCUCAGCCCUUGCCGUGCCGCCACGCCGAGGUGCUCGCCUACCGCGCAAACGAGCGCGGCCGCGCCCAAAGGGCAGCUGGGCUGCACGCACAGGGAAAACUGGCGACGCGGUCGCACGUUGGGCCACCAUUUUGAGCGCGCGCGGGAAAUUGCGGGGAUGCGCUUGGCGCAGAGGGCCGCCAUUUUGAGCGAUUCAUUCAAGACAAGAAUCCAAGUCUCGUGCGAAGCCAGAAUUGGUCUGAUGGAGCACAGGCAGUCAGCGCGGCUCGGUACGGCAUGGCAACAAUGGGACCAGCGUGCAUACAGCACGGAUCGGACUGGAAGUUUGACACGGCACCAGAAAAAACACACGGGAGAGAAACCCUUCAAGUGCAAUCUGUGUGAGAUGGCGUUUGCACAUUCAUCAAAUCUUCAAAGACACCAAAGAACACACACGGGAGAGAAACCCUUCAAGUGCACUCUGUGUGAGAUGGCGUUUGCACAUUCAUCAACUCUUCAAAGACACCAAAGAACACACACGGGAGAGAAACCCUUCAAGUGCAGUGUGUGUGGGAAGGCAUUUUCACAGUCACAACAUCUUGCAAAACACCAGAGAACACACACAGGAGAGAAACCCUUCAAGUGCAGUGUGUGUGGGAAGGCAUUUUCACAGUCAUCUUAUCUUGCCAAACACCAGAGAACACACACAGGAGAGAAACCCUUCAAGUGCAGUGUGUGUGGGAAGGCAUUUUCACAGUCACAACAUCUUGCAAAACACCAGAGAACACACACAGGAGAGAAACCCUUCAAGUGCAGUGUGCGUGGGAAGGCAUUUUCACAGUCAUCUGAUCUUGCAAAACACCAGAGAACACACACAGGAGAGAAACCCUUCAAGUGCAGUGUGUGUGGGAAGGCAUUUUCACAGUCAUCUGAUCUUGCAAUACACCAGAGAACACACACAGGAGAGAAACCCUUGAAGUGCAGUGUGUGUCGGAAGGCAUUUUCACAGUCACAUAAUCUUGCACGACACCAGAGAACACACACAGGAGAGAAACCCUUCAAGUGCAGUGUGUGUGGGAAGGCAUUUUCACAGUGGUAUCUUGCAAAACACUAUAGAACACACACAAGAGAGAAACCCUUCAAGUGCAGUGUGUGUGGGAAGGCAUUUUCAAAGUCACGUGAUCUUGCAACACACCAUAGAACACACACAGAGAAACCCUUCAAGUGCAGUGUGUGUGGGAAGGCAUUUUCACAGUCGCCUAUUCUUGCAAAACACCAGAGAACACACACAGGAGAGAAACCCUUCAGGUGCACUCUGUGCGGGAAGGCGUUUGCACGGUCACAACAUCUUCAAGAACACCAGAGAACACAGAAUCAUCAGAAAAUCCACAAGGAGUGGAGUCUGAAAUCAGCUUGUGAAAGUCAAAGUUCCGUAAGGAGCCCAUCCCUCAUGAAACAAGUACCGGAAGAAAAUCCCAGCUUGGGCACUUUUAAAGGUAUCAAGGUGGAAUUUGAAGAGGUGAUUGUGAAAUGUGAAGAGGUGAUUGUGAAAUGUGAAGAGGUGACGGUGAAGAGCGAAGAAGUGAAGGUAAAAUGUGAAGAUGAAGAUUCGACUCCAAAAUGGGACCUUCACAUCGAUGGAGGCAACGUGAAGCAGGAGGGGAAUUCUGACUGUGAGGCAGAGCGAGGCAACUCGCAGCAGUUUGUGGAAGUGGAGGUGUGGGUGGACUUCCUAGACAAUACAAAGUCAAAUGGAGAUCCGUUAGAUGUGUAAGCUUGAGACGAUGUCACUCCCGAUACAUGCACCUUUGUCACAGGCCUUUAAUAAAAAUAACGUGAAGUAGAACAUUGAAAUCUUAGGUUCAACCUGCAGUGUAAGAGCGGCCAGUCAUGGUGGAUCUGUUGGUUGGGUAGAUAUCUCACCAGGAGCCUCAGUGAUUCACACUGAACCCUAUUGCAGCCUUCAUCUGGCUCUGUGAGCCUCAGUGAUUCACACUGAAGCCUGUGGGAACCUCAGUCUGGAUCUGUGAGCCUCAGUGAUUCACACUGAAGCCUAUGGGAGCCUUAGUCUGGCUCUGUGAGCCUCAGUGAUUCACACUGAAGCCUAUUGGAGCCUUCGUCUGACUCUGUGAGCCUCGGUGAUUAACACUGAAGCCUAUGGGAGCCUGAGUCUGGCUUUGUGAGCCUCAGUAAUUAACACUGAACGCGAUGGAUGGGAGCCAGUGACAUGGGGUGAGGUUAGUGGCUGUGGAGGCACCGGGGGCGUGGCCUCACCGAGGGGGGGUGUGUCUGACACGCCCCCCCUCAGGCAGAUGUGAUAGCUGCCUACCCUGGUGCUUUUUCAUUGCAGUUUCAUGACGAGACCAGCGAGCCUACGUAUCUUUAUACACAUACAGUAGAACCUCUGGUCAUGAACGCUUCUGACCACGACCAAAUUGGGUUCCAUCCAAAACAUUGACAUUUUUGAAUCUGGUCACGAACACAUACUCGGGUGGCGAUCAAACAGGGUCGCGGCCGAUUUCCCUCUGCCGCGCCAUUUUUGUUGAAUUACACAAAGCGUAACAGUUAUGUAUAUAACUUUUGCUAUAUAAAAUUGCUAGUAAGAUAUAAAUUGUGUGAGUGUAGUCAUACCCCUCCCCCCUCAUUCAAGCCAUAAUUUAGAGAGCGAAAGCGCCGAGUACGUAAAUCGCUAACAUAAGAACCUGUUAAUCUCUUCUCGCAUCAUUCAUACGAUGAUGCGGUGAAGUUAACGUUCAUACGAUAAUACGGUGAAUGCUUCCAAAAACAUUACUGUACCCAAAUAUUACCGUUAACUUUCAAUAGAAACAUGAAUUGCUCAUACGAAUAUUCUCUUUCUCAGAAUCGACUGACUGAUGUAGCAGACGAAACAGUCAUCUUGAACGAUUCUAAACCUUGACGCGGAAAUGUUAGUUUUCUCUGUUCAAGGAUUUCUCAGUGUUAUGCAAUGUUUUUACAUUUAGUUUUCUAUUACACUAAAUUCUAAAGCAUAAUUAACCAUUGUGCUUAAAAAUCUUUAAAAAACUAUAUACAGUUCGUAGGAUUAAUCGUAUUUACAUACAAUCCAAUGGGGAAAUUAGGUUCGAAUCACGACUAAAUCGGGUUGCGACCAAAGUUAUGGAACGAAUUAUGGUCGUGACAAGAGGUUCUACUGUACUUGAACUAAGUUACCCGGACUAUGGAAGGCGAGGACAUAUAAUGAAGGGGUCUACAAACAUUCCAUUGGUGACAUGCUGAGAUGGCAACAGGCAAGCCCUUAGUGCCCGCGUUCCAUCCAGUGUCUGAGGGGUUGCGCAAUCAGAGGGGAGGCUGAGCGCGUCGCUGCCUCACCCCUCGUCUCGCCCUGUACUUGCAGCGAAGCACCGCAAAUUUGGAGAUUUUGACUAUAAGUAUGUAAAAAACUUUUUUAAAAACACGCUUUUAUUAAAUGUACGAGUAAUGGAAGAACUCCACGACUCUAGGAAGUGGCCCCGAAGUUUGCCAUAACGUAAGGGACGGUAGACAAUUACAUCCAACGUCAGUUGACCGUGGGAACAAUUAGACCCAAGCCAAAACAUAACAUGUAAAAAAGAUUGUUUAAACAUUUUUUAUUUAAUGAUAGAAUAUAGUAUUGUCAUCAGUUUGGCAUAAGUACAGUGAGGGAAAAAAGUAUUUGAUCCCCUGCUGAUUUUGUGCGUUUGCCCAUCGUGGACAAUUAGACCCAAGCCGAAACAUAACAUAUGAAAGAGAAUGUUUACAAAUAUAUACACAUUUAUUAAAAAGUAUUUAAUUAAGUAGAACCAACGUGACUUUCCCGAAAAAAACAAAGUAUGAAUCCUUGCAGUCACGAAAGCUUAAAAUCUAGAAUUAAGCAGAACGUUUUGUCUAUACUCUAUAUGUAUUUAAAGUUGUGCAUUUUGAUGUGAUGUGACAUUUCUCAAACCCCCGCCCCCCUGGUCUCCUUUCUAAUAAAUCUUUUCUCCUACAA